UCCCCGGAGUUUCCAGUUGUCUUGAACCACUGAAGUCGGAAGUCGGAGAUUUCCGAGUUCCCAAUUGUUUUCUACACGCAUUAGAGACAUUAUGUCAGACUAAUUUGCAGUUGACUGUCAUAGCCCCACAUUAAAAGUACUGUAUGUCAUCGUAAGUUGAGAAGACAAUCAGAAAUACUGGCAGAAUGUUUUGCAAUUGACUGCUAUUGCCCCAAAUAUUUUUUUUAAACAUUGGCUUAUAAUGACAUACUCACAGUUGGGGGUCGCAAGAAUUUCAGAUAUCAAAAUGGGGUCGUUACCUGGGUUAAGGUAAGGGUUAAGGUUUGGGAUAGGCUUAAAACAAAAAUCUAAAAAACAACUUUCUUUUGCUGGAUUCAAACUUGCUACCUUUGGCCCUUUGGAAUCAAAGGCAGAUGUUUCACACUCUCGAUCCCCCAAAACCUUCUUGUGACCACUGGCUCAGGGGGUCGGGACCCCCAGUUUGAGAACCACUGGCCUACAUGUUACCGGCCCAACAUGUUGCAGCAGAUAAUGCUAAACACACAGCACCACAUUGCUUUAUCAUAAGGUGAUGUUACAUGAGGUAUGGAAGGGAGGGGUAUCCAUUUUAAAAUAGGGGCUCUGAUAAGCAUGGUUGAGCGCAUGUAAGCAGCCUAUAAACAAGGACAAUUCAGUGCAAUUCAUUUCACGAGUACAAUUCACUCUUUGGGGUCGUUUAUGUAGCCACUGCUACCAUCCGCUAACGUUGGCAUUUCAAAACUAACAUGUAAGUCAAACAAGAUUGCAAUUUUGAAAUGUGGGUGAACUAUCCCUUUAAUUAUAUCCUGUCUCUUAUUUGUUUGAUUAUCUUGAAUAAGGCAUGCGCAACCAAACAGUGGGCACACCCACUGAUGCUGGUGUCUCUCUCCACGCUACAGUCAAGGUGCUAUUUUUCUGCAUAGAUUAUUUUGGGCUAGUACAACUUGUGCUUUUACAAUCUACAGUAGUAAUGUUGACCACCAUGUGCUGGCUACUGGUUGGAUGUUGUGGGCUCGCCUUUGUGAACCUCUCAGUGGCUUUAAACAGCACCCUACACGUCACCCAGAAGCCUCGUUUCUAUGGGGUGAAGACCAAUCGCAAUGUGACCAUAUUCUGUAUGGUAUCGGACCGAAACCAGUCUGCCACGGUGGAAUGGUACAAGGCCUCAGAAUACAACACCACGAGGAAGAAGAUAGAGGGGGACCGUGUCACUGUGAGGCAGAAGAGCAUGUUACGAAACGCCUUGAUCGAACUCAGCCGUGUAGAGACGGAGGACACUGGAUUGUACUUUUGUCUGAUUAACAACAUCACCUGGGGGCCAGGGACAGAGCUACAAGUGUUCAGACCCUCUAACGCUGAAAAUGCAGAAAGGAGGAGCAAGCUGAAGGAUGCUUUGAUAUUUCUCCAGGCGUUACUCUUAACGCUGUUUGCUCUUGUCCCACUGCUACGCCACCAAUCCCUGUUGAAGAAGGAAGAUGCAAUUUAUGAGGAACCUGAACAUGAUCACAUCUAUGAGGGCUUGGAGAUCGAGCAUUGUGGUGGUCUGUAUGAGGACAUCUCAGCGUAUGCUCAGCCUGGGCCAGCAGAGGCUGCUGCAGCUUGGAAGCAGGAGUGAGCCGCAUCGGCGCUGAGAUGGGGACUGAGCUCUCCUGUCAUCCACUGCACCUCAAUGCCCAGCUGCCCCGUAUUCGUUAAGCGUUCAGAGUAGGAUUGCUGAUCUAUGAUCAGUUUUGCCUCAUAGAUGAAAAUGAAUAGACAAGGGGGACCUGAUCAAAGAUCUGCACCCCUACUCUGAUGCAAUAUGAAUACGGCCCUGGACUCAAAAGGCCAAUGUCUCAUCCAUGGUGUUUCAGGACGUAUCUUAUGUUUAGUGAUUUGUUCAGAUGACCACUAUUUCUUUAUGUUAUAGAUCCAUCCAUAUGGAGAAUGUCAUUUUAGAAUACAUGUCCGCAUGUUCUUUUCGAUACCUCCUAUAUAAGAUGCACGUAGAGGAACAGAUUGAUGAUUCAUGUUUCUAACAGCAUAUUUUUCUCUCCUCAAAUGUGUUCGUGUUUUCUUUUCAGUUGUGUUUGGUGUUUUUAUAAAAGGAGUUUUGAGUUGGUGCUACUAUUUUGAUUGUUAUAUAAUAGGGUGAAUGCGACAAAGUUAGUAAUUGUAAUGCUUGUCUGACGAGGCUUGUCCAUAGAAAGGCUUUCUCUUUUCAGCUUCUCCUGUUUCAGUUGUAAAUACUCAACCUGAUCACACCCCUUCAAAUUGUAUCAAUGUGGGUGUUUUGUUAAGUGGACAUGUGGCCUGGAUAAAUAUGUAGGCCAUCCAUUGCUGAUUGCUAAUAAUGUUAUACUUUUGCCUGUUCUAUGAUAUGGCAGCAUUGUAAAGUGGACUUUGCCUUUCAUUUUUUUUCUUGUCUUUUGACAUUUGUCUCGAGAAAGUUGAGCUGUCAUUUUUGCCAAAGUGUCACAAUGCCUGUUUUUAUUAAAACUAUUACUAUACCAUAACUAUUAAACAGUGAUUGACAAAUCCA